AUGUCGCUCGAUAUCGGAUCCUCAGCGAUCCAUCUGAAUCUUCCUCCGGCGUCGAGCUCUCAAGUUCGCUCUCCAUCCGUCAUCAACAUUCAUCCUUCAGUCCUCGCCUCCAUCCUCACACAUCAUUCUCGGAAGCCGUCUGAGUCGAGUACACCCCGAGUCAUCGGGACGUUGAUGGGAACAAGGUCAGAAUCGGGCGCAGAGGUUGAAGUGAGGACGAGCUUUGCGCUCCCGCACAGCGAGGAUGAGAACCAGAUCGCGUUCGACAUGGAGUUCUUGAUGGAGAUGGUGGAUCUGUUGAACAAGAAUGGAACGAAAGAGGUCAUCGUUGGAUGGUACGCUACCCACUCUGCUCUGAAUGCGUACUCUGCGGUCAUUCAGAACUUCUUUUCUGGCGAGACAGUACCGUAUCCUGCUGUUCACUUGACCAUCGAUACAGACCUUUCGGAGCAAGGCAAAGGCCUGGGCGUCAAGGGUUGGGUGUCGAAUCAACUGGGUCUGACGCCGAAGCCGGAAAGCUGUGUCUUCUUGCCUGUUCCCGUUCAGCUCAAGUACGCAGACUCAGAACGCGCAGCCUUGGAUAUGUUGACCUCGCAACCUACACCGAGUCCAUCUCAACCUCCUCUGCCGACUUUGGCAGCAUCUCUAUCCGAUCUCUCUAAUCUCAUUGACAAUGCCUUGACCUAUGUGAAAUCAGUCAACGCAGGAACGACUCAACCCGAUGCUCAGGUUGGACGAUACUUGCUCGAGGGAGUCGGCCGAUGGGCAGGAUCAGAAGGCGAGGAGGGCGGUGUCAAAGCUGGAUUACAAGAUACAUUGACGGUCGCGUACUUGGCCAACUUGGUCAGAUCUCAAGUCGAGCUCAGCGGACGUUUGACCUUGUUACAGCAAGGUACCAACUAA